GUGCUUAUUUUUAUCUCGAGAUAAUAGAUUUUUCUGUAUAUAAAAGGCAAUUCGAUUGAAAAAAUAUAAUUCAGUUCAAAGAGUUGAAAGUUGCAACAUGAAAUUCUUCGCUACUUUGUUUAUCGCCCUUGUGGCAGUACAUGCCAGUACUCAAUCUCCUGUCGAGAAAACCUCAAAGGCCGCAAAAUUCGUCGCUGAAAUCGUCGACGUUAUCGUCGCUGAAACCGAAAAACUUCUUGAACCUGUUAACGCCUGGGCCGACCAACUAGACUCCAACAAGGACAACUACGAACAUCUCCUCGUGAACGUUUUGACCGCACUUUCAGUUGCAAUCAACGAUAAAGUCACUGCCACUGUACAAGAAGCAAGUGCAGGCGCCAGCGAAAGCGGUAAAGCCAUCAUCGAUUGCCUCGUAGCUGAAGAGUCUAAUGUCGACGUCCUCAUGAACACAAUCUUGGAAAAAAUUAUCGACUGCGAAUUCGAAAUCUACGACAACGCCACCGAUUUGGUCAAGAACGUUCUUAAGCAGGUAGCUGAAACUCAAACCAACUUCAAAGCUUUGAGUACUGCCUUGGUCGAGUGCACCGCCGGAGACUUUUUAUGUUUGGCCUUUUUCUCCCAAAAUGUUGUGCUACAAUUGCAAGCUUCUAUAGUCAAUGCCGUAAGCGAUAUUGCUGUAUUGAACAGUUUAGCUUUCAGCGCUGUAGAAGUCACAAAACAAUGUCACGUCGUUGAAGUUCUUGAAAAAGAUGCUGCAUCCGUUCUUGAUAACAUCGCAAAUUGUCUUUACAAUGGACAAUAAUUGUUUAACUACAAUAAUUAUUUUGACUAAAUAAAAAGUGUUGAUUGAUUGUUAAAUUGUUGUUUCAAUGAAAC